AUGGCUACCCUCACUGUUGCGACCAAAGCUAACGGCGCCCUUGUCUUUCCAGGGGUGUUGGCGGCUGCUGGAGACUCUGCUAUUGAUACUUCUGUCGUCCCUUUCCUGGUAGACUAUGCGAGUUCCACCCACGAUUCUAAACGCAGUCAGAUCAACGAAUGGGUCCAGCGAAGCAUAACUUUAUCAGUCUCAGACUUCAACUCCCUCAAACAACCAAUGCACGAGCUCGACUCCCACCUCAUCCUCCGCUCCUACAUAGUAGGCCACUCACUCACCCUAGCCGACAUCCUCAUCUGGGCCUCUCUCCACAGCAACAAAGCCACCUCCAGCCUCCGCAAAACCAGCACAAACAUAACCAGAUGGUAUACCUUCAUCGAGCACACCAACCCCUGGCUAGAAACAACCAUAUCCGACCUCACCCGCACAGCACGCCGGCAUAAAGCAGCCGCCAGCGCAGCAGGCGCAAGCUACAACAUCGGCCUAAAGCAUACAGCAAACAGGAUCGUGACGAGGUUCCCGCCUGAGCCGUCGGGGUAUCUCCAUAUCGGGCAUGCGAAGGCCGCGCUGCUGAAUGAUUAUUUCGCGCAUGAGUACGCGAGUGAGAGGGGUGUGCUCAUCUGUAGAUUUGAUGAUACGAAUCCGUCAAGGGAGUCGAGCGAGUUUCAGGAUUCGAUACUGCGGGAUUUGGAGCUGUUGGGAGUAAGACCUGAUCGGGUUUCGUAUUCGAGUGAUUACUUUCAGCAGAUGUAUGAGGGUUGUGUUAGGCUUAUUCGGUUAGGCAAGGCUUAUGCCGAUAACACGCCCAAGGAGGUAAUGCAAGAUCAGCGAAGAGACGGGGUUCCCAGCGCAUGCCGAGACAUGAGCAUCAAAGACACCCUCUCCCACCUCGAGAACAUGAAAUCCGGCUCCUCAGAAGGCCAAAAAUGGUGCAUUCGCGCGCGCAUCUCCGUCGACAAUCCGAACAAAGCACUCCGCGACCCAGUCAUCUACCGCUGCAAUCUACAACCUCACCACCGCACAGGCACAAUAUGGUCCAUCUACCCUACCUACGACUUCUGCGCCCCUUUCCUCGACGCUCUGGAGGGUGUAACCCACGCGCUGCGAACAAACGAGUACCGCGAUAGAAAUCCCCAGUAUCAAUGGCUUCAACAAGCGCUGUCGCUGCGCGAGGUGGAUAUUUGGGAUUUUUCACGGCUGAGUUUUGUGCGCACUGUGCUCUCCAAGCGGAAGCUUUCCCUUCUAGUUGAGAAGGGCGUUGUGUCUGGCUGGGAUGAUCCCCGUAUGCCGACUGUUCGUGGUAUCAGACGGAGGGGAAUAACUGUCCCUGCGCUGAGAGAGUUCAUCUUGAAGCAGGGGCCGAGUCAGAAUAUUGUGAAUCUCGACUGGACGGCGUUUUGGGCGACGAACAAGAAGUAUAUUGACCCCGUUGCGCCGCGCCAUACGGCUAUUGCCUCGCUCAAUGCCGUGGUAGCUACUAUUGACGGCGUUACUAAGAUGACUUCAGAGGAGAAACCUCGACAUAACAAGAACGCGUCGCUGGGAACGAAGAAAGUUUUCUUCGGCAAGGAGAUCUUCCUCGCGCAGGACGACGCCGCGUCUCUAAAACCAGACGAGGAAUUCACGCUCAUGAAUUGGGGCAACGCCAUUGUCACCUCUAUCACAGCAGACCCGCACACCGGAACAGUGCAAGACAUAAAUCUCCGUCUCCACCUCAGGGGCGACUUCAAAAAAACAGACAAGAAACUAACAUGGCUCGCGCGCGAACCAACAAACACUAUUCCCGUCGACCUAGUGUAUUUUGACCAUCUUAUCAACAAGGAUAAGCUUGAGAACGGAGAUGAUCUGCUGUCGUGUGUUACUCCGCGUAGCGAGGUGCGGGUCGAGGCGUGGGCGGAUUGUGGGGUUGCUGGGCUUGUGGAGGAUGAUAUUGUUCAGCUGGAUCGUGUGGGUUAUUUUCGUGUGGAUUGUGCUUAUAAGUUUGGUGGGCGGACUGUGCUGUUUAAUAUUCCUGCUGGGAAGGGUUCGUCUUUGGGUGGGAGAUAG